AUGGCCGAAGCGUACGCUGUGAAGCCGACGCAGUUCCUCGGGAAGAGCGUGCGCUACGUGUGUCAGAACGCGAACGGGCCGUGUCCGCUGCUGGCCAUCGCCAACGUGCUGCUGUUGCGCGGGCAGCUGACGCUCGAAGGAGUCGUCACGUCCUUUGGCGUUGUGAGCGCUCACGAUCUGAUGCAACUCGUCCACCGCCGACUGCUCGAGACGAACCCACCGCUGAGUCACGCGAGUGAGUUGCAGCGACUGACACAAGAGAAGACGCUGGACGAUGUGGUGGGACUGCUGCCGAGUAUGUUGGAGGGACUGGACGUCAACGUGCGUUUCCAUAAUAUCAAGGACUUUGAGUACACGGUGGCCUGUGCUGUGUUUGACAUGCUGGACAUGGAGCUGGUCCAUGGCUGGCUGCUGGAUGAUCAGGACGAGCUGACAAUGAAAGUGGUGGGCAACAAGUCGUACAAUGAGCUGAUUGAGCGGCUGGUGGACUACCGUGGAGUAUUGCUGACGGAAGAAGAGAACACGAAAAAGAUAGUAGCAGAGGCGAAGCACAUGGACGACGGGUUGCGGCCGGAUGCUGUAGUGGCACACGUCGAGAACGAGGUCGCAGGGCCUGCGGCAGCUGCUGUUCCAGCGCCGCUAGAGGUCCAGACGGUAGGGUUCGAGGACCUUUCGAUUCAUGUUGCUAGCGCGCCUGCCUCGCCAAAUGGACCAAAACCCGUUGAGUCGGAUGCGUCAAUGUCAUGUCGAAAGAAGAGUCCGACGCAGCAAACAGUGCAGGCCAUGAUGAAGGAGCGCCACAUCAGUGAUGCGGAUGCGCUGGUGACGGCCACAACGCUUCUCGAAGAAGGUCCAGUACUCGAUGCAUUUUUUAGCUCAACUGCAAGCCAACUCACAUAUUACGGCCUCGUGAAGCUGCACGAAGGGAUCCGAGAGCGCCAGCUGUGUGUCUUCUUCCGCAACAACCACUUCUCUACUCUCUUCAAGUUUGGAGGUAAGCUGUACUUGCUGGUCACCGACGCUGGGUACCUUGACGAGCCUACGGUGGUGUGGGAGCUGCUGGACGAGAUCGACGGAGACACAGAGUAUCUUGACGCGCAGUUCCGACCCGUUACGUCGUCCGAGCAGCAAAAGAGUAUUCUGACGCAGCAGCAGGAGCGAGGGGGAGACGAAGAAAAGCAGGCGUUGCAAGAAGCUCGAGCCUUGAGCCUUGCGGGAUGUGCUUCAUUCAGCGAGUCUGUUGGACAGAACAAAGACAACGUCGUUGAUCCCGACUACCUGUUGGCGCUGAAGAUACAGCAAGAGGAAGAGCAACUAGCGCGUGGUAACGGGCCCGCGUCGUCUCAACACUCGGGUAAUGCUGUGGAACACAACAUAGCUGGAAAAAGCAGCCACGACGUCGAGAGCGUGAAGCGAAACGAAAGCAGUGGCCAAGAUGCUGCUGUCCACGGUCGUGACACGAGUACGAGCGGAUCGGUUGGUGUCGUUGCUGCUGACGGUCAAUUGGUGCUUUCGGAGGAAGAGUUGGAAGCCCAGCGACGGGCAGAGCAAUACUACGAGGAGCACAAGCGGCAGGUGGACGCGCAGACGCGUCAGUGCCAGCAGGAACAAGAACAACUGCGUCAACGGCACUUGCAGCAGCAGCAGCAGCAGCGUUCCGUCCGCAGCAGUCAACGACGGAAGACCUCAGAAAGCAGCGACUGCACAAUCUCGUGA